ACUAAAGCAAACGUUAUCAAAAACAAAAUAUCCAUUCCAUUCCAUUGCAUCACACUUUCCACACAAUCCUCCAACAAUUUCAUUGCGGCGUUGAAAUUCAAGAAAAUGGAACAAGGAAAGCAAGGAGCAAUGGUGUUGAAAGGUUUACCACAACAACUUCAAAACCCAAUUGACCAAAUUCAAACUCGUUACAAACACUUAGAAAAUGGUUUCAAGCUUUGGCUUUCUAAACAGUCCAUCGCCGUUGAAGCCGCCGUCGUUACCACAACCGGCGCCGCUCAAGGUGCCGCUAUUGGUGCUUUCCUGGGUACUCUCACCGGUGAUGCAUCUUCCGCUUUUCCUACUCCUCCACCUAAUGCUUCUCUUAACCCUCAAGCCAUGGCUUCUCUUCAACAAGCACAGGCUCUUGCUGGAGGUCCAUUGAUUCAGGCUCGGAAUUUUGCUAUUUUGACUGGUGUGAGUGCUGGUAUUACUUGUGUUUUGAGAAGGUUGAGAGGAAAGGAAGAUGUUAAAUCUAGCAUGGCGGCAGCUUUUGGUUCUGGGGUCACGUUUUCGUUGGUAAGUGGUAUGGGUGGACCAAAUAAAGUAGGAAAUGCAGUCACAUCUGGACUAUUCUUUGCACUCUUUCAAGGUGGGGUUUUCCAGAUAGGACAAAAGUUUUCUCGACCACCUGCUGAAGAUGCUGACUAUGCUAAAACAAGAAACAUGUUGCAAAACCUUGGUCUUCAGAAUUACGAGAAGAAUUUUAAGAAAGGCUUAUUAUCAGACAACACUUUGCCUCUACUCAAUGACAGCGCUCUGAGAGAUGUGAAAAUUCCUCCAGGACCCAGACUUUUGAUUCUUGACCACAUCCAUAGGGACCAAGAUUUGAGAGAGAAACGAGGAAGCCGCUGUUAACUGACAUGCAUAAUCUCCUACCUCCGAACUACAAGUGGUGAAAAGCAUAGGAUAGGGAGUUUGCAUCGCAGAUGAGUUUUGUCAUUUUUGUUUAUCAUGCUUUAUGUUCCAUUGUUGUUGCAGUGUACUUGAUAAAAUUUGGUUAACUAGUCAUAUUUUGGUUGCCCUGAAACGCAAAUGGGCUCAAAAGCAAAUUAUGGUGCAUGGAUUUGUUUACUUUAAAUAAGAUAAGUCAUUGUUUGUGGAAGAAUUAUAACGAUCGAUUAUGCGUGAA